UUUUCAAGCUGUCACUGGUCGUCGGGAGGAGACUGAUGGAGGACAGGAGGAAGACCGAGGAUCGCUCGAUAAAGUGCCAAAGCCGACUUUGCAGAAGUUCCAGGGUUGGAGCCGGAAUGCGCCCAAAGCAAGCGGCGGACGCAAACGAUGAUCAGGCCUCUACCGGAGAUCUUCAUUAGGACUGUGGCGGCUGAAGCGCGUGGUCCAAGUUGACGCCGAGCGCGCAUCCAACUCAUAUGGACUUCAUCUAAAUUGAGCGCCGCGGAGCUUUAUAGGAAGGCAUUAGAUGUUCCUGACACGCAGGUUCCCGUCCUGACGAGAUGAGCCGUUCGGCGUGGGGGCUCCACGCUGCCGGACAAAGAGCGUCUCCCAUUCAAGUCCUCGUCGCGCUUCUUUCGGCGCUGGAGAUCUGCAGAGCUCUCGGAUCCCCUCACGAACCAGAGGGAUUUCUGCGUGACCUGCCUCCGUAUGAAGUGGUUCACCCCACCAGAGUCGAUGCCAGAGGCCACUUCCUGUCAAACAUCCUGUCUCACCAUGCCCGCCGCGUGCAGCGCCGGGAAACCUCCCAGGAGAGAGCAGACAGCGAUCGAGUCUUCUACCAGUUUAUGCACGGCGGCCACAGCUUGCGCUUUAACCUCACCCUUAACCCAAACCUGCUGGCUCCGGGUUUCACCACAGAGAGGAGGUACGGUGGCCUGGAAGGGGCCAAGAUCCAUCGGCCCGGAGACCCCAGGUGUCACUAUCUAGGCGAGGUGUGGGACAGGGCCGCUGCUAAGGGGAGUGCUGCGAUAAGUACAUGCAAUGGACUGACGGGGCUGUUUAAGUUGUCUGAGGAGGAGUUUUUCAUUCAGCCUCUGGAGAAGUCCAGCGCUGAGACCUCAGCACCUCAGGCCCACGCCAUCUACAAACGCCACGCGUCUCCUCCUGUCCACCGUCCAGUCAUCCAGCCCAUCUCAGGGAAACCGGGUCUCAACGGCACCUGUGGAAACCAAAAUACCCUCCAGAGUUUUGAGGACAUCGAGAGGCAGCGGGAGCGGUGGGAACGACGCCAUCACAGGCGGAGGCGCAGAAUUCAUCAGCGCUCCGUAAGCAGAGAAAAAUGGGUGGAGACGUUAGUGGUGGCGGAUCCCAAAAUGGUGGACCAUCACGGGAGCAAAGCUGUGGAGGACUACGUCCUCGCUGUCAUGAACAUUGUGGCGGGUCUCUUCAGAGAUGCAAGUAUCGGGAAUGCAAUCAACGUUGUGGUUGUUCGUCUCAUCCUUCUGGAGCAGGAUGAGGAUGACCUAAAGAUCACACACCAUGCCGACAACAGCUUGAACAGCUUCUGCAAAUGGCAGAAGAAACUCAACAUGAAAGGAGACGAACACCCGCUGCACCAUGACGUAGCUGUUCUGCUCACCAGGAAGGACAUAUGUGCAGCCGUCAACAUGCCAUGUGAGACUCUGGGACUGUCUCAUGUGGCGGGAAUGUGUCAGCCUCAUCGCAGCUGCAGCAUCAGUGAAGACACGGGCCUCCCCAUGGCCUUCACUGUGGCACACGAGCUGGGACACAACUUUGGGAUUCAGCAUGAUGGCAACGGUAAUGACUGUGAACCCAUUGGGAAACGACCUUUCGUCAUGUCUCCACAGCUCCUGUACGGCACCUUCCUGCCCCGGUGGUCCCGCUGCAGCCGUCAGUAUAUCACCCGCUUCCUAGAUCGUGGCUGGGGUUGGUGUCUUGAUGAUGCCCCGGUGAAGGACAGGCUGUCUCUGACCUCGAUGCUUCCUGGAGUGCUGUACAGCGCGGUCCAUCAGUGUCGCCUGCAGUACGGCUCCGGCUCUCGCCUCUGCGAUGACAUGGAUGAUGUGUGCAGCACUCUGUGGUGCACCGUCGGAACGACCUGCCACUCUAAGCUGGAUGGCGCUGUGGAUGGAACAAGCUGUGGGGAGGACAAGUGGUGCGUCGAUGGGGAGUGCAUGCCGGCAGGCCUCAGGCCGGAGAGCGUUGACGGCGGCUGGGCUUCUUGGAGCGAGUGGUCGGCUUGUUCCAGGACGUGUGGAGCUGGUGUCCAGAGUGCAGAGAGAGACUGUGACAAUCCUGUUCCAAAGCACAGAGGAAGAUACUGUCUGGGAGAGCGCCGGCGGUACAGGCUGUGUAACACCACACCGUGUCAAGCUGAUUGGCCUUCCUUUAGAAACAUUCAGUGUGCUCACUUCAACUCCCUGCCCUACAAGGGCAAGUUCUACAAGUGGGAGGCAGUUAUCAACAAAGUUAACCCCUGUGAACUUCACUGCCGUCCCCUGAAUGAAAACUUCUCAGAGAAAAUGCGAGACGCCGUCGCUGACGGGACUCCUUGUUACGAAGGCAACAAAAGUAGAGACAUGUGCAUCAAUGGCGUUUGUCAGAGCAUCGGCUGCGAUUAUGUGAUUAACUCCAGCUCUGUCGAGGAUCGCUGCGGCGUCUGCAACGGCAACGGCUCCACCUGCACAACCGUCAGGAGGACAUUUGAAGAGAGGGAAGGUUUUGGCUAUGUGGACAUUGGACUGAUCCCGGAGGGAGCCUGGGACAUCCUAAUCGAAGAGGUAUCUGAAGCUGGAAACUUCCUGGCGCUGCGGAGCGACAACCCCAACAAGUAUUUUCUGAAUGGAGGCUGGACGAUCCAGUGGAACGGGGAAUACAAGGCGGCCGGAGCCGUGUUCACCUACGAGAGGACAGGACAGCUGGAGAACCUGACGUCCCCUGGGCCCACGAUGGAGCCGCUGUGGAUUCAGCUUCUGUUUCAGGAGACCAAUCCAGGAGUGCGAUAUGAGUACACAGUCAGUCAAAAUGUUUCAGAGGAUGAUGACAGUCCCGGGCGUGUUUACUUCUGGAAAUACGGAUCGUGGACUGAGUGCAGCGUUACCUGUGGAAGAGGUGUGCAGAGGCAGAUUGUUUACUGUGUGGAAAAGACGACCGGGAUAGCUGAGGAGCAUCUCUGUGACCCCUCCACUCGGCUCAAUGACAACCAAACCAGCUGCCACAGAGAUCCGUGCCCGGCCAUAUGGUGGGUCGGACACUGGCAUAAGUGCUCAGCAAGCUGUGGUAGCUUGGGCCAGGCAAAGAGGACGGUUCUCUGUGUCCAAGCCGUCAGUGCGGAGGAGCAGGAAGCUCUGGACCCCAGCGACUGCAAGCACAUCCCCAAACCUGAGUCCACAUCCGCCUGCAACGCACACAUCCCCUGCCCUGCCGACUGGACCGCUGGCAGCUGGUCAAAGUGCUCGGUCUCCUGUGGUCCUGGACUGCGCCACCGCAAUGUCACCUGCUCAGGAAACACCGCAGUUGAUUGUGAUCCUCUAAACAAACCAUCAUCUGUCAUGAGCUGCCAGGUUCAGGACUGUCUCCAGGUUUUGGGUAAUUUUGGAGACAUGGAAUGGUCCGGCAGCGGCUGGUCGAGCAAGGAAGUGCUCAAUGAAAUAAAUGCCAUACCUGAAGCUAAGCCUCCCCCAAAGUACAGCACCACCAGAGGUCAGCCGAGGAGUCAGAACGACCAUAAGUAUGUGGUUGAAGAUGAUUUUCACUACCACAACAACAUUGAGAAUAACCGCUUGAUUGACGAUGAUGAGCCCUCUCAUGAAACCAGUGUUCACAUUGAUGAUUUUUACUACGAUUACAACUUCAUCAACUUUCAUGAAGACUUAUCGAAUGAACUCGGGCGCUUUAGGGAAGAGGCGGAGGACAACUCUCCACAGGAAGAAAAGCCAACCCACAGCAUAAAAGCAAAUGCUUGGACAGACAUUCCACAGACUCCCACUGCUACUUCACCAGCUGCGACGAUCACAGAGCUCCACCUCUUGCACAGUCAAGAGCCACUAAGCACAAAAACAGACGACCCACAGGUGAAGUCUGAGGAAGCAAAUCAAGAUGAAAUAAACGACUUCCUUUACGAAGAUCACUUCCUUCCAGUGUCUGUCACCCGACCGUCGCCACCUUCCACAAACUCGCAUUCACUAACGGGAGAAAAAAGCAAAAGUCUGUGGCCUGGAGUCACCGGCACAAUGCAGAGUCUGGUUUUCAGCACAAAGCAACCUGCGGAGGAUGAAACAUGGGAUCAAUCUGGAGAGGAGGUGGAAAAUAACGACAGCAAUUUCAGUGAAGAGGAAAAUCACUUUAACCGCCUCGAUGUGACUCCAACACACAGCGCUCCUGCUGCCAGACAUCAAACCACUGCUGUUGCAACAAAAUCGAACACUCAAGAGGCCACAUUGUACAUCUCUGCAGAUAAAAACGUAGGGAGUUCAGAACCUUCUGGCUUUCCAUUGCCAGAGGAGGCAACUCAUGCUAUGACUGAACUAGACAGUAAUGUAUCAGAAAUACCUCAAACAACAGAUAAACUAGGUGCUUUCACAAUAAAGGACUGGAUGCUGAAUCAGAACAAUGUUGCCAGGAGUGAUGAUGGCUGGUGGGACCAGCUGGACACGCCGUCACCUCUUCCCUCUCAUAAACUCUUUCCUCCUGCCUUUCCUGUCCUUCUAAUCUCAGGUAAACAGGGCACAUCUGACGACUCCAUAUCUGUACCUGAAACAGAAGUCAGGUUGGAUACAAAUCUUCAGGGAGCUACAAAUAUUCCUCCAGAUGUAAAACAGAUACCUCCGUACACCGAGACAACUGGAACAGACCCCACAUUCCAGCCUCCUUCAUUUCGUCUUUCCGAUUUGAACCACAAUGAAAUAUCCGUUCCCUCAGUGACGCAGGGCCACGGUAACAGUCAUCCUGACCCGGUGAUCACGUCGGCCGUUCCUAAAUUCAGCUCAGCUCUUCCACAGCGCACAAAAUCGACUACACCCAGAUCUCUGCCAACCCGUUCGCCGGGCCUGUGGCUGCAUCCAGUCCAAACGUCGGCCUCCCCAGACAGAGGGCCCGCAUUCUGGGUUACCGGCAACUGGAGCACCUGCUCCACCAGCUGUGGCCUGGGUGCCGUCUGGAGGACCUUGGCUUGCAGCACCGGCUCAGAAUCUGACUGCGAUCCGACCAAGAGGCCUGCGCCUGCCCGACAGUGCUACCUGAGGCCAUGCUCCACGUGGAAGGUCGGCGAGUGGAGUAGGUGCACCAAGAACUGUGAAGGUGGAAUGAGAUUCAGAGAGGUCCAGUGUUUUGACCUGAGAGACCAACGACCUCUUCGACCUUUCCACUGCCGGGCCAUGUUCACCAGGCCGCCAACGCAAAUGCCCUGCAACGCUCAGACCUGCCUUGACUGGUAUACUUCCUCCUGGGGUCAGUGCUCAGAGGUGUGUGGAGGCGGUGAGCAGCAGCGCAUCGUCACCUGUCCAGAGGAUGAUCGAUGCAACCAAGACCUUCAGCCAAGCGCUAUUCAGUCCUGCAACAGCCAGCCUUGUGCUCAGUGGCUCACUGGAUCAUGGGGACAGUGUUCAGCCUCUUGUGGAGGAGGACUGAAGCACCGGCUCAUCAAAUGCGUCGACACCAGGACCGAGGCUUCGGAGGAGGUGGAUCAGGUUGAGUGUGACGACAAGUUUAAGCCUAACAGCACCAAAAAGUGCAACAGCUGGACCUGCAAGAGUGACCCCUCUGGAGCGGUUUGUCUUCGCGACCGUCUGGCAUCUCGCAUCUGUCAGACUCUGCGCUCGCUCAGUCGCUGCCACCAGCCAAACAUGCAGGCACGCUGCUGCAAGACGUGCAGUCAGGACUCCGGCAGGCCUCUCCACUAAGGUCCCGCUCUCCUCGCGUUGCUUCAACCACAGGGUUACGAACCACGGGCCUUUACAGGGAGCCAACCAUCGGGACCUCUGUCACUGACGGGACGACAGAGUUCACUUGGAGCUGGUGUGAAGGACACAAACCAAGAGCUUAAAUAUUUGUUUGCACUUUGUGCGUCCCGCAUUUUGACGACGUCUGCUUUAGCAGGUUGGAGUGUUUCACAGAAGAUGAGAUUCUUUCGUUCUACUCAAGUUAAAAUGCAUUAACACAUUUAGAUAAACCACUAAUCUUUUCUGUUGUAGUGCUUGUUUUUAUUUUGAUGACCACAGCAGAGUCUUAAAACAUGCAGCUUAGUGGCUUUUAAUAUGUGGUACAUGUGGUGGGGAGCAAAACAUAUGGUGCAUAACUGGUCAUUUGUCAUUUCAUCAAGUCCUAUGCUUUUAGCCCACUGCAUUUCUGUUAAGCAGUAAUCUUUUCAAAUAUGGAUCUCAAACUGCAGCUGCUCUAAGGUUUUUUAAAAAAGGGAGCCUUUCAACAGUACAUGUCGGGUCAAAAAUGUGAUCUUUCCAAAGAUUGCUCUGUAUUGUUAAAAAUGUUUUCAAAUGUUUGCUGCGUGACUUAAAGUGCGGACACAAAGUACCUGAGUGAAUCUGUACUUUUACCUGUAUGAAGCAUGUCCUACCAGCUAAAGCUUAAGUGUAAAGCCUGGUUCACGCGACAAGGGAUGGUGAUAUAGUGUGUGGUGUUCAGCCACAUGACAAAGACAACAAAGAAAUUUUACUCAUGUACUCUCUCAAAACCUCUCGAGAUCAAACUUGAGUUCAGAGUAAACAAACAUGGCCGACAAGGAAGAAUCAACAGCGUUUUGUGGACAUGUUCACAAAAACAUGGCCGACGUCCAUGGCACUUUCUUCUGGUUUUCUGUAUUUUGAAUGAUCCUCCAUUUUGGAUUGCCAGUUCCUGGAUGUGUAUACUAUAACUCACUUUAUUUCUGUUAUUGAUGGUGAACUUUUCUGCUGCAAUUACCUGAAGAGAUGGAGGAUUAACAAGGCAGUAAUAAAUCAGAGGAUUAUCUGCAGAGUCAUUAUAAUAUUUGGAAUAUCCUUAAGCUUGCCAGGAGGGAGAAGUCGGAUCAAAAAUUGGCGUAAUUAUCUCGACAUGUGAACCCCUGAAUUCACAAUGCAUUCAUGUGUCAGACUGAAGUUUUUAAUUAGAUCAGCAAAUUCUUUCUAGACAUGAAUUGAGUUAGAGCCAGAGUUCAACACUUUCACCUCCAGAACCUUUUGCAGGGAUUUUUUUUCUGCCUUCUAAGGCUGCGUUUGAGAAAGUCUACAAACUUUUUCAGGUUAGCAGAGACUAAUUCAGUUUUACACUUAAACACUGCGAAAUGGUCACAAGGUAUACAUCCAGACAACCAGGUUUUAAUUCCUUUGUAGCAAUAGAACAAAACCUACCAAGAUGCCUUUAUUGAAAGUUGUAACUGGAGCCAAUUUUAAAGUUUGAAGUAACUUUACAUGAGCUACAUAGCAUAGCUGUUGUGUGAGGAUUAUUGGUCAUAGGUUUUAUUGCCUAAAAUCAUGGUUUUUACUGUCACAACGGACGUUUCUCAAUUGUUGAGCAAGACUUUGCUGGAAACGCUCGCGGUGUGAGUCGGUGCUUCUUAUCUUCAGCAGAUCCGGUUUGGAAAAAUCACCAGAUGUUUAUAGUCUGGAUUACAAAAAAUGCUUAUAGUCAUCAUGUGUCGAUCAACCAGCUGGUAUCCACUACUGAAGAGUUUCUUUAGUUUUUUUUUUUUUUUACCACCAUUAAAAACACUUAUUUCCAUGUUUGCAUACAUUUUUCGCUCUCAGUAAAACGGCUGUAACUGAUUUAUCCUUACGUGACUCUUGGCGCACAUCUCUGCCUUUGAAUGACCCGGCGUCACCAGAACACAACAGAACCUCCAAACAGCUUCAUGUGGAAAUCUGACGCCUUUGGAAAGCUUCAUUAGAAGCUAAGCAGUUUGCCCUGACACUUUGAGUUUCAUGUGGCUUGUCAAUUAACAGAACCACCACCAAAGCGUCGGCGAGCACCAUUAAAAAUAUAAUUUCCAGACUGCAUUCAAAGGACAAAUGUGUCCGUUGGGGCUGAUGAAUGAAGCUACAAUGGAAGUAUUUCAGACCUUUAUUCUGCGCCUGUUAGCUAAAGUCAUAAUGAACAGAAGCUGAAAGUGACCUUCGUCUUCGUUCAUUUAGUAUCUCAGGAGCAUCAACUAAAAGGUUCAGCUGGAUCACUAUUUGUAUGAUUUUUUUUUUUUUUUUAAAUCUACUCAUUAUCAGAGUUUCCUUAAGAAUAAAUUCUCCUUUUGAUCUAAAUGAGUUUUUAUCACCUGUAGUCAGCUGGCAGAUACGACGUUAAAGGAUCAAUUCAGGCAAAUUUCAAGUCGGAUCGACUCUCUGACAGACACACUGGUCUAUUGGAUUUGUAUUGGCAUUCAGUGUUUGAAGCUUUUCAAAAAGCAAAUAUAAACAUUAUAUUUGCUUUUUGAAAACACACUUCCAUCCUGAAGAGCUUUUCAUUUGGUCACCAUUUAGAUUUGUUUUCUUAAGGUUGAUCUCAGCAGGAAAGUGAAACCAGCUCCAAAAACUCGUUUUUAUUACGUUUUUAAUCAGAGAUUUAUUUCAGAAGUACCAGCAGCACGUAGAUGCAAUGCGGUUAUAAAACCUAGAAAAAUCUGUAGCGAUCAGACCUCAACUGCAUGGCAGCAGAAUAUUUAGUUUGUGCCGUCAGUCUGCCCAGCAAUCUGCAUAAAUUAGAACAGAACAAUAAUGGCACGAAGCAGGAACAUAAGAGGUUAUAUUAGCAGUAAAGAUGAUCUUAGCUCAUUGUUUCCAAUCUUUUUUUAGUUUGGUUUGGUUUUAUGAUCUCAGGCCACAUUGUGAAACUUGGUCUGCACAUCACUUAAAGCUGCACGGUUGCAGUUCAUAGCUGCAUUCAGGACUGUUUUGCAGCACUAGUGUUAUAAAGACUAUUUGUAAUGCAUAACAGUCAACAUAUUUAAGAGCUGUCACAAACAUUUGAAUUCUGAAGAAAAUGUAUACUAUUUUGAUUAUAUGAACAUUCGUUUGCAUUAGUAAGACGUGAUUUGUGUGAAUAAACCCUCUGCCUGUGCUAUGAUCUACAGAAACUCAGGACGCCACAAAGGAAGAGUAGCUUGUCUUGAAACGAUGCUCAGAAUGAUGAACUGAUUUAGCUUUAAGGUUCCUGCUUUCCAACAGCAGCCUAUAGGAAAAAGCUGUUUUGCUUCCAGCUCUAGUCCAAAGCUUCCAGCGUUGGUGCAGAUGACCUCUAAAGAAGCCAGAGAAAUAUUGGAGCCGGCAUUCAGAGGUAAUCAGGAAGUUUGCACUCAAAGGAGCAUCUGCUCUGGUUUCAUCUCUGAAGCUCGGAGGUUUUGUCCAGUUUUUAUUCGCAGUCUUUGAAGCAGAAACUAAUGCCAAUGUUCAAAAGCCCCGAUUUUUUUUUUUUUUUUUCCAUCAUGCUCUGGUUUUUCUCAGAGCCCUUUUCAUGCUGUGUGUUCCUGACACUGCUGUCUCUGUUAUGUUUUUUUCUCAGUUUGGUUGAACAGCAGUCGGUUAUAAAGAUGUAGCAGGGCCGUCACAGACUAGGGGUGGGCUUUAUCAUCGCUUCAGCUUGUUAAAUGUCUGCAGCAGCUUGUAAAAAAGGCUACAUAAAAUAGUCUAAGAGGUUACAGUUGUUCCCCUUUGGCUUUUCCACCAGGGUUGUUUUUUUUUCCUUUCUAAACUGUCAGAGUAAAUGUUUAAGAAAGUAGAAGCUACAGGUAUAUUUGGUGCUAGGAGCUGCACAGGCUCCACUUGUUCUGUUGCCAGUUUCAGGUAUUGGCGGGCCCAGUGCCAUUUCAACUUGAGUAGUGAAUCAUUUGGUGUUUUUAAUCCUGGUUAAGCUUUUAGUUUGAAGUAAAUGUAGUGUUAGAGUGCUGCUUGUUUUAAAUGAUUGUCAAACGUCUCAAAAAGAAAAAGAAUAGACGCUACUUUUUAUUAUGUUAUGUAACAACAGCUAAUGGGUAAACACGUGUACUACUCCAUAUAUGUACAAGCUCUGGUUUCUGUUUUAAAAAUGUUUGUUUGAUCCCGUCGACGCUGCAGCGGUACCAUCAAAUGUUUCUGCACUUCUUCGUAUUUCACGUGCAAAGUUUAAACAGUCAAACAAGAUGGACUCGCUUCGAUGCAGCCGGUCAUCUCUGGACGUCCGCCUUCACGUGACUCGAUGUAAAGUGUGACUGACAGUUUCUCUACACAGAUGAACAUUUUCUCUGAAAAGAAAACCGUUCUCAAUAAAAGCAGUGCUCCUUUUUCAUGUUCAACAGGCCUUGUAAAAUAAACAAAAGAAACGUCUCCU